UCCUCGCUUUAUUUUAUUUACUUCCGGUCUACAUCCGGAACAGAAGUUUGUUUCGUUAUGUCCAAAUUCAAUCCAGUAGUUUGGCCUAAAGUUGUUUUAUUUGGUGACUCCAUCACACAGUUUUCUUUUCAGCCCAAUGGAUGGGGAGCAGACAUUGCCAACAAGCUUGCAAGAAAAUGUGAUGUUGUAAACAGAGGGCUGUCUGGCUACAACAGCAGAUGGGCCAAGAUCGUUCUUCCUCGCCUCAUUAGCAGCCAGAACCCAUCAGACGCGCACGUCUCUGCUGUCACAGUUUUCUUUGGAGCCAACGACUCUGCACUGGAAGAUAAGAACCCGCAGCAGUAUGUCCCUCUACAGGAGUAUUCAGAAAACCUGAAGGACAUCAGCAAGUUUCUGACCUCAGCUGGUGUGUCGGCAGACAAAGUUAUCUUCAUCACUCCUCCUCCUCUUCAUGAGCCAGCCUGGGAGCAAGAGUGUAUUCUCAAAGGAUGUCCUCUCAAUCGCCACAACUCGGUUACGGGACAGUACGCUCAGGCUUGUGUCCAGGCAGCCGGUCAGUGCGGUUCAGACGUUCUAGAUCUCUGGACACUCAUGCAGAAAGACGGACAAGAUUAUACAGUCUACCUGUCUGAUGGGCUGCACCUGUCGGAGAAAGGAAACCAGUUUGUGUCCCAGCAACUGUGGACUUUACUAGAAACUCGCCUGGCUCACCUGCCCUUCAUCCUGCCUUACUGGGGAGAUGUGGAUGCAAAGAGCCCAGAAAGCAGCCUCCUUUGCAACCAGUGAGGGGAAAAAAUGCUGCUUUAGAUCAAUGGAGGACUAAACUCAUUCCACAGCUGAGAUAAUGAAGCGUUAAAACAUGUACAAUAAAGAUAUUUUUUAUUGGAGAUGGUUUUGAAUGCAAGCAAAGAACAUUAAAAACUUUACAAGACAGUUAUAAUAUA